GCACAGCUACCUGAAAACAAGGUGGUGUCCUCGUGGGGCUCUGGAGGCUCCGUGAAAUCAGACGGGAGCCAAGAAAACUCCUGGGGCUUCGUAGGCUUCACGGCGGGAAAAACUCGCUCCAUGCUGACAACCCUGGGCAGCACUGACUUCUGGAAAAGCACUGUCAGGAAUCUCACAAACGUCAAGCGCCAGAAGCCAGUUCAGAGGACUGCAUCCAUGGUCCGCUCCAACACGGAACUCAAGCAGUUUGCUGUCCCGCACUUUUACCAGUCUGUUUUCAGAGACGCUUAUGUGAGCAAGUGCAGUCCAUCCUGUGAGAAAUGGGACAGCCCCAACUUGAGUCCUGUGCUAGUUGACUCUUCAACGUUCUCAGGGCGUCCAUGAUAGCAGAGGCCAUUGAUGACAAUCACCUUCAGCGCAGUGCUCAUACGAGAGCCGCAGCUCCAUCCUGCUCGGUUUGGCCAAGGGCAUUUUGCCGGACGACACCCUUCUGGCGAUGUGCUGCCUGUUCGGUAUCCAACAUCUGGACCAGGUGGAAGAGUUCUUCCUCAACUUGCCGAGCACACCGCUAGUGUUAAGCGUCGCUUCCUACUUCUUCUCUCUCUUGGUCCUCGUCACCCUUGAUCCGGCUGGCACAGAUCGGAUGAUUUCGCUUGACGCCCAGCAGGUGGUGCAAGAGGUAUCGAGCAAGAACCAAGAUGCACUUACCGAUGAUGCGCUUGUUUGUGCAAAGCUCGCCUCCAAGUUCUGCAAGAUGCAGGCCGACUUGGCUCAGGCCGAGCUGCUAAAAAAGCAGGGUGGAAGCAUUGAUGUGGAGCGUUUCACCGAGGACAAUCGCUACAAGGCAGAAACGAUUCUCGGGAUGGCUCUCACACUGGACCAGGAGGCCUUGCAUGCGGCUGUCUCCUUGGCAAGGAGCUAUGACAUUCCCGUCUGGGACGUUUAUAUGUGCCAUUUGGAAUUCUUAUUUUCUGAGGGCUGUGGCAUGGCUGAUAUCGAACAGCGUCUUCUCACUGGCGGCAUGCUGGAGGUCCUAGUUUCCAAUCCGGAGUCUCUCAGGGAAAAGCUGCUCACUAGAAUCUACCCAUCCCUCGAUGGAUCCGACCACGGAGUCAUGAGGUUUUUCUACAAGCUGCUUGAGAAGUGUGGCCAAACGUACACCGACGACUUGGGUCUCAGGCCGUCCGACCACCUCAAGCUCCUGGAGAGGCUUGGGUCAGCAUGCCCUCAAAUCGACUACAAAGCCUUACUCGAACCAGGUCAUUCACCUCUUGCCGUGUUGAGUCCAUUUGUGAACAAAGACACAGUUGAGGCCAUUUCAGAAUUGGCUCCCAGCAUUCCCUGCCAUGAUGGGAGCCAUCUGACGUCCUCGUCCAUUUAUUGUGCAUGGGCCACCAAGCUCUUCCUGUCGAAGGGAGGAGAAACAGUGCUAACAACGACUGAGUGGACUAAGCACUUUGACAAGUGCCGUGGCUACCUUGAGAACCUCUCUCCAUCAGAUCUUGUGACGUUUGCAGAAUCAGUCGCAUUUGACAAGGUGUCGCUCGAACGUGUCAGCCGACGGAUACGUCUGGAUGUGGUGAGGCAGUGCCUGAAACUUGCGAAGCAAUAUCAUGUCGAGAAAAUACCCAAAAUUGGAUCCGAGGAGGAGUGGAAAGAUGCCGCGAAAACCCUCCAGAGCUACCUGUCGCACUUGCAGAGGAUAGCGGAUGGAGUAUUGGAUGAAGCUGUUGACCCUAGCAAUCCCAUGGUUCAGAGCUAUGCAACCGAGUUUGAGCUUUCACGGGGCAUUCCACAAAAGUUGGAAGCCAUGCUGCUUCGUUGUGCCAUGUCAGAAACCACGCCCGGCCUGCUUCAAUCCCUGCUCUCCUGCUGCCCUCCAAACACAGUGGAUAAGCAACCCACAGACAUCUACUCAGAUGCCAUCUUGCUUGCUUCAGAACAGCUCAGAAAUCCAGAAAAGAAGUUGCACGAUGUGUUCGACUCGAUGACGCCUGAGGAAGUUCUGGAACGUAUUCUCCGCCAAGUGCUCGAAGAAAGUGAUGACGUGUUUGUCGGUGACAUGGUCCUUGACCUGCUGCGCCCUUUCUGCCUUGACAGUAGUGUCACAAUUCAUGUGCGCCUCAAGGUGCUCGAGAUACUUGAGAAGAAUGUGUCGCUGAACGCCGACGAUGAGAAUCUCCUACUGCUCCUUCAAGUGCAGACACUAAUUUGGUCUGAGUGGCCAGACUACGAGCUUGACGAAUGCACUGAACUGGAUGGUGACAAGAGGCAGGCCAUGUUUGAUGAACUCCUUCAACGCUGCAGCACACAGUCAGGCUUUGUCGUCCUUGGAAAGCUCAUUCAGUGUGGUGAACCCCUGGAUUCCACAUCAGAAUUAGAUCCAGAAAAGAAUCCUUGGACUCAACUGAUAGGCCAUAUGCUUUUAGUUUGUGAUGGAGGAUCAGGCUUGGAUGAAGCCGAAAGCCUGUUCUUAACUGCGAUCAAGAACUGUAACCUCAAUUUAGCAUGUUGCCGUUAUAUUUUCUGUGAAUUCGAGAAGAAGAACAGCCUGAUUCACAUACUUCGAACAUUUCUUCAGACUGAUUAUCCGCAGCUCCAUGGUGAUGCAAUUGCAUUCCUCAGGCAUGUUGAUAAGAUUUCGGAAUGCGACUAUGACGAGACUGUGCUGAACAGGAUUUUGCAGCUGAGAUUGCUUCCUGAUGUGGUGUCAACGCCACUGUAUCAACCAGUCGUAGACCACCUGAUCGCUAACAGGGGCUCCGCAGAAAAGCACUUCAGCAUCGAGGAAGCAACGAGGAGCCUCACCGAUGCCAAUAUGCUGGCGGAAGCUGGCACGCUGUUGCUACAAUCAUCACGCACACACCCUGCCGCGUGCACCUUCAACGCAGCUGUGAAUGCUGCGAGGCGGUGGCUUCGAGGGGUGGCCAGUGAACCUUAGUGAAUUGUACAUUUCUCUAGAAGCUAUAGACU